GUUUGCAGUACAAAGUUUGAGUAUUAUUAUAAAGCCAAUUAUUUCCAGGUUGACCAUUUGUAUUAUGACCUUGUGAACAUUAAAAAAAAAACAUGUUCAAGACAUUCUCACAAUCACUUUUAGCUUCUAAAAGUUUAGAGGCUCGAAGGUAAUAGAGCUGGGUAAUCUAUAAGAACAGCGGUAGCGUUUUGUAAUCUUUGUUUAGUUUAAGUUUAGUAGGUACUUGAAUACGAAUAUUAAAAAAAAUUGAAAUAAUUUUUUAAAUAAUACAGUACUUUUUGAGCUACGAAUUUUUAAAGUGUGAGUUCGUUUGAUAUUUUUUACUAUGGACAAACCUCCAUAUCUUGUGACAUCAUUCCGCUGAUCGCGUCAUGUGCAAUGACUAUAUACUUUAUAUAAGGCAACGCAUCCCCUAUCACUAAAAUACUGUUUAGGGUCGACUUAGUUUAAACUUUCACAUUUGGCACAUGAAUAAUUAAUUAAAGCUUUCCCUGACCAAUGGUUUAAUAGUUUUUGCACACGGCAAACUCUUAUGAAUGAAAUUCUGAGGUAGUACUACGAUACAGCCAUUAUGCAAGUGGCUGUGAAUGGUUGCCAAUGACAACGUGUUGCACACUGUAAAUUCUGAUCAUUUAUAAUAUGGACUCUAACGGGUUUUUAAAGCUCAAAUUAAAACAUUCCAGUUUAAAUGUCUUCAAAAUGUAUUCUGAAACACAAGUUAUCAAAUAUUUUGAUGUAAAUAGUGGUAAUAAUUUAAUAUUUCGUAAGUAUCUGCAACUUCCGCCAUUAAAAAGGGGGCGAGGCCCAUGCCAUGUCGAAAUUAGGCUGAGCGAACUGCAUGACCUGCUGCGAAAUCGUAGAAACAUGGCCUCUCUCAUAAAACACAUAUCGCUUUGAAAAUUGGCAUAUUUGUAGAUCAAUACAUACCCCAGAUGCAUAAAAAAUUUGGUAGUGACAUGUCUUUUACUUCAACUUAAUUUUAAUGGUUGAAGUUGCCUUAUAUUCACCAGGAAUUUUCUCAAAGCUGACUAAUUGUAAAUGAAAAAGAAAUUGAUUAAAAUGUAGGCCAAGAUGUCCUUUAAAGGGAAAGGCCAGAAGAGGAACACAAUUCUGGGAUAUAGUAAUUAUUUUAUGAAUGAAAUAGUUCCACUAUCAAAAAAUUAAAAACUUGGAUUUUCGCGCGCCGACGCCUAUUUCCCACACAAAUUUUUUAGUAGUCCCUCUUGCUUCAUCAAACUACCUACCUAAUGCCUAAUAAUAUAGUAUAUUAUUUACCUACAAGUGUAUGGCAUCCUUCCAUCUUCGCGAGACGAUGGAGUAGCUAUGUAGUCCUACACUUCGACGUGUGGCUCACUAGGUCACUAGGCCAAUCCUAGAAUGACAAUCUGAACUGCAUUUCUCGCAGGAGAAUAUUGAUUCCUGGUAAGAUCUUGACUUCCGUAUUGUUCUUUUUGUUGCAAGGGCCUCGUUUCGCGUACUUCUGCCUUUUUUACUCUUUCAUACAGUGCUGUUCGCCAGCUGGAACGUUGUUCGGCAAUGAGCUCCCAUUCGUUGUUUUCAAUAUUGGCUUCCCUCAUGUUCCUUUUGCAAACGUCCAUAAAUCUCAGGCAUGGCCGUCCAAUAAUUCUUGUCCCAGCAGCAUCUUUGGGAUACGGCCUUCCUCCAUUCUCCUUACAUUGCCUAACCAGCGUAGUCGCCUCUUGCUAAGAAACGAGAAUAUGCUAAACAUGUAUGCACUUUCCAAGCUUUCUCUGAUGAAUGGUUUAAUAGCUUUUGCACUUGGCAAACUCUUAUGAAUGAAACUCUGACCCAGUAUCAUGGCAUAGCCAUUAUGCUAGUGACCGUGAAUGGCUGCCCAUGACAACGUUUUGCACACGCAAAUUAUGAUCAUUUAUAAUAUGGACUCUACCGGGUUUUUAAACCUCGAAUUAAAACAUAUUUAUUUAAAUUACUUCUAGGUUCAUUCUAAAACACAAGUCCUGUAUUUUGAGAGAUAAUACUUGUUAUUUAUUAAAGUAGACUAUUUAAAUCUGUUAGUAGGUUUCAUAAUCACUUUUUAGAAAUCUUUUCAAAAGUUAAAUUUUUAUUAUAAUUAUUUUAUAAAACUAUUUUCAUCAUAGGUUGUUAAUAGCACAACUUAGGUAUUUACAGUUGACAUCAGCUAUACAUGCAGAUGACACCAAGGAAAAAAUCGAACCAAGCAAAGAUGUAAAAGAUGUGACUUCCGCCAGUAAAGUCUCAAAAGUUGCUCCUGCUAAAAAAGAAACAAUUAAAGGCAAAGAAAUUAUUGAAGAACCUAACAGUGUGAAGAAAGGGUAUGCAUUUUUGCAGUAGAACUGGCAAUGAUAUUUUUGAAACUUCAGUGUCUCCUAAAGUCACAUAUCAAGACAUGUGUUACAGAUAUUUAACUUUUUGUUAUUAAGGAAGUAGGGAAAAAUUGAAAAAAGAAAUCACCAAACACACUACCUAUACCAUUUUGAGAAGAAUAUCAAGUCAAAGAUUUAAUUAAAUGUGUGAGACGUUAAUUUGAAAUGUAUGAUUCAGUGUCUUUUUUCCACAUCACUUAAACUAAAAGCCUGCAUCAGCAACUUAAGUGUAUCUCUUUGUUUUAUUUUUGAAGACAGGUUUCUUUAAAUGAGAACCUGAGGAAAGCAGCAGUGAGAGUGGCCAGGUCACUGCCAGGUGAUUGGACAAGGACAGCGGAUGAACUUCUGACACGUUUACAGAUGCAUUCUAAUCCUGAAAACAUAGGUGACCAGGAAACAAGUGAGGAGAAGCCUAGGUAAUUAAAAGCAAGUUUGGUGAUCUUUAAGAUCAGGGCUGCAUAAGUAGUCCUGUAGGUUUUAGUUGGUGAUAAAGAUCCUAAAAAGUAUGAACUCAAAAAGCUAAUAAAUGGAGCAAAAAAUUGACUAUAGUUUUUUUUAUGAAGUAUCAUUGCAUUAUGAAAAUUUUGCUUUAAAAGUAGACUAUGUUCAGGGUCUUCAUAGCAAAUAUGUAUACAUUUUUUUUUAUUAGGUCCCAAAUGUUGUACUGCAUCCUCAGUGAAAUAUUUUUUUAAAGAGUUUAAACCGGUAUUUAAAAGAACAAAGCACUUAUUAAAAGAAAAUUGAUAGAUCUCAUGACAAAAUUAAUCAGACCAAUCGUCAUUUUAUCCCCAGUUCUCUGCUGUCAACUAUGAAAGUUUCUAGAUGUAAGUGAUUGAAGUUGUUUUUUUGUUUUUUGUGUAUGCUAAAUAUUUCUUCUUAGUGUGUCAUUUUAAAAAAUAUUUUAUUGAAUUUUUGUUUUAAAAUAAAUAUUUUGAAAAUAAAUGUUAAAUUUUGGAUACCUCAUUUAUAUUUUCCUAUUUUUUUUCUUCUUUCUGUAACAGUAUCGAUGCCGUCAAGACAGAGAGUGCAUGAAGACAGACAAAGAAUAAGGUAAGUCACUUCUUAUAUUUUCAAACACUUUUUGAUUUUUGCAUUUAAUUAUUUUAAAAACCAAUAUUACAAUUUUUUAAAACAGUAACAAUUUUCAGCACAGAUAUUAUUUUUAUCUGAUUCAUGCACACUACAUCACUUAGUCCUAAAUAAUGAAAUAGGAUAACAUAGUGUUUCUGUUAGCUAAUACUUAUGGAUUUUUUUUUUUACCAUUAGGGAAACAAGUGACAAGUGGGACAAUGAGUUACCUUAUACCACUACGGCAAAAGGUAAGUUAGUAUAUUUAAAGUAUGUUAGUAUAUUUAGAGGUAAUUAAUUAUUGUUGUUUGUCUUCGAAAAGCUCAAAACCCUUGGAGAAAAAAUAUUCUUCUUUGUAAAAAGUAUGUGAUUGAAAAUAUAAUUUAAAAAAUGACCAAUUUUUUUUAUCUACAGCUGAUACCAAAGUGCAAUUAACCAGGUAGAUGUUUAAAAAAAUUAUUAGACAGUUACCCUGCAAUAAAAAAUAUUAUAAUUGUUAAAGAUAUAACAGCUGUCAUUAUAUAUCACAGUUUUUGUCCAUUAAAGAAUGUAGUAUGAAUUAAAUCUAAAGGUUUGUCCACUUUUGUAAAAAUAAACCAUUAACUCCCAAUGCAAGAAAGUGGUAUGAUUUUAGUUGAAUUAUUUUGUUUACAAUUUAGUAAUUAUAAAUUAAAAGCUCUCAAUUAAGUAGUAUUUUAACUACUGUGUUUUAAAAAUUUUUUGUUUAUUACUGAAAUAUUCUUUCAUUUUCAUACUAGGGGAGAACGUGGAGAAGGAAAAAAUUGGGAACAUUUCGAAAUCCCACAUGACAGAA